AUGAGGAAAGUAGUAGCUUUUGCUAAUGCGUCAGCAAAACGGCACAAAGUCUUUGAAGAGGAGCUUGAAGGAAUGGCUCUACAAGGAAUAUGUGAAACUCGUUGGGUUGAAAGGCAUGAUGGACACUUACAAUUUCAAGGCGAUAACUUGGUCAAAAUAUGUAAUGCCCUCCACCGAAUUACAACUUGGGAAGACAGCAAAACCGCGAGUGAUGCUCAAUGUCUCCGACAUGUUUUAUGUAGUUCUGAGUUCAUUAUUGCAUCAGUAUGUUUGAAUGAUGUCUUAGGAACAACUGUGUCACUUAGCCGUUUUCUUCAGACUUCGUCUAUUGACUUGAAAAGGGCAACCGACGCAAUGAAAGACACUAUUUUUCUUCUGAAGCAAAAGAGAACAAAUAGUGAUGUUGUUUUCCAGCAAUUAUUUUCAGAGUCAAAAGAGAUUUUCGAGCAGUUAGAUGUGGAGAUAAGAUUACCAAGAAUUGUUCCUAGACAGAAGCACCGAGAAAAUAAUCAGCCAGGUCAAACUGCAGAAGAAUAUUUCCGCAAAAGUAUAUAUAUUCCUCUCUUGGAUUCAAUAAUAGCAGAUUUAGAAGAACGACUUUCUCCAGAGGUGCUUUCAUUGUUUAAUUUGGGUGUAUUUUUACCAAAAACUGUUUACUCAGAAGUUGAUUUGGUAGCCGUACGGGAAGCAGUUAAAAACUACACUGAACUUCUACACAGACCUCUUAUAUCUACGGUAUUGUCAGAAUUUCAGCUUUGGGUUACAAAAUGGAAACGUGAAGUAGAAAGUGGAAAUAAAGUACCGGAAUUCUUACCUCAGGUAAUAGAACAGUGUGACACAGAUUUAUACCCAAAUAUAAAUGUUCUAUUGCAAAUACUCGCAACACUUCCUGUAAGUGCAGCUACAGCGGAGCGAUCGUUCUCCACUCUCAGGCGCCUUAAGACGUGGCUUCGUUCAAAUAUGGGAGAGGAACGCCUCACUGGUCUCGCUUUACUCAAUAUUCACAAGAAUAUAGCAGUAAAUGUUGAUGACAUUAUAACCAGAUUUGGAAAAACAAAACAAAGGAGACUAAACUUUGUCAUUUAA